AUGUGUAACAAACAAAAUUGUUCCUGGGUAGUAUUAUUUCCUUAUUGCUUAUGCCUCAGAAGUACAGAAAAUGGCUAUUAUUCCCCACAAACUUUGCUUUUGUGACCAGGACAUUGAUAUUUUGAAAUUUACCUGUUUUCAAUGAGAAAACGUGUGCAUUUCUGUCAUUCCUUCACAUAAUUGUGUUACAUAGUGUAAUCAGCAACGCAUUCAAUAUUAUACAAUUGGUCAUGAUGACGACCUGAAUAUAUGUAUGUUGAACUUCUUUCGCACCACACAUAGCCAACCGGAGCUUAUAGUAGGUGCUAGAAUGCCAUGCUUUGGUAGAAUGUUUUACUCAACUGAAGCCACGGAAUUAAACACAUGGGCAGGCGUGCAGUACAAGGGAACACCUCAUUGCUCACGGGAAGAGAGUUUCAGAACAUUGGUGUGAUCCACCAAUGCUCGCAUGCACACUGCUCUAUCAAUAGAGUGCGAGUAUGUUGCAAAAUGUGCGUGUCUACUAGUGCAGAGUAAUUCACCCAUCGUGGUCAGUUCAUGACACUCAAGUGCCAUAUGCAAGGCUGGCCUAUGGAUAACGAAAUGACCACGAUGUGCAUUGGCAGACACGAGCAGAGCACUCAUAUGCCCACGACUGGGCCUAACGUCCUGAUUAACUAAGCAUGAGCUGCGCUUGCGUUCAACACCACCAAGCUACAAUCCAUAACCCUGACUCACCACUUCCACCAUAAGCCAGGCACUAGCAUUGUCCACAUAAACCAUCCAAUUCACCUUGCCUUCUCCUGUCAUAUCCAACUCUCCCCAGUCCCUCAUGUCUUGUUCCCAGUCAGACAGUUCUUCACUCCUGCAGUGUACUCUACGCACGCUGUAAUACCGUACAUCAGAAACGAUAAUCAUACAUCUCGACCUCCUCCCCAGCUGCUCUCAUAGAUAUGUCUCUCAUUUCCCGAGGCUCCAUGAUCAAGUUUUCCUUACAACAGCUUUGACUCCACAUCAAAGCCACAUCUAAGACCCAUCAUCCACCACCGGCUCUGAUUCCUCUGCAACACCCCAGUAAGAAAACUGCGUGCAAUGAAUGACACCUAUGAGACUGGGCAAAGAACCCCGGGCCCGGCCAGGACACGCUGGCGGGACGAUGUCGCUCAGCUGGCCUGGGGACACCUGGGAAUUCCCCAAGAAGAGCUGGAGUCUGUGUAUAGUAGUGUAGUGUAUAGUAGUGUAGUGUAUAAUAGUGUAUAGUAGUGCAGUAGUGCUGGAGUCUGUCGCCAGGGAAAGGGAGGUCUGGACCGCCACGACUCAACAUGCUGCCGCCGCGACCCUCGAGAGAACAAGCGGAUUGAGAAACGAACGAACGAACGCACCUGUGAUACUGUCCAUAUAUGAAUCUACGCUGUCAUCAUCUGCUCAUCCAGCGUGAGUGAAGACGCGUUGCUCCUCAAUGCGCUCGAGGACGCAGUGAGCAAGAGAGUUCACCGAGAACUCUCUCUCUCUCUCUCGCUUGCGUGGUGUGCGUGGAGCUCGCUGCUUGGCGCCUGUUGGGAGGCGAAGGGGUGCCCCUCUGCAGCGUCGUGCGGCGAAGAUGAACGUGAGCGCAGUGCUCAGGGCUGCCCUGAGCAUCAACCAGAGCAGCGGCGUCCAGACGUCCAGCUGCUGCGACCGGGCACUGGUGGUGGUGUCCGACGACACGUGGCCUGGAUCCUCGUCUGCCGAGCUGGAGGAGCGCAGCCUCUACAUCACGCGCGUCGUGCAGAUCGCCGUCAUGUGCGUGCUCUCCAUCACCGUGGUGUUCGGCAUCUUCUUCCUGGGCUGCAACCUCCUUAUAAAGUCCGAGAGUAUGCUCAACCUCCUGGUCAAGGAGCGGAGACCUUCCAAAGAGGUGGAGGCGAUCGUGAUCGGAAGCAUGUGAGGAAGUGCGGGAGAGACGCUUCACUUUCCCCGUGUCCCACCACCCCAGGCUGAGGACCAAAUCUCAGCCGCUCGUGGAUAUGGAAGAGCGUUUGGCCAUUGGACACUUGAUAUGGAACUGCGUCUGCGCCGACUGGAACUGUGGUUUACACUCUCGUGGGUAUUCAAGAACGAGAAAUGGUGGGGACAUGCUCACACACGUUUUUUUUUAUUGUUCGAUGUAAUGUAAUGUGUAAAAUUAUCCUGCCUUGGCGAAAUAUACAACACCUGUGCUGCAUUUUCAAAAAGGACGUAACGAGUAUACGAAUUUAAUUCAUGUGAUGCCUAAAUCAGGAUCACCGACAAUUAAAACCUUAAAUUAUGUUUAAUUCGUCAGUGCCGUUUUCCUCUCCAAAGUAAAUCGCUGUCGUGCUACUACCGUGUACUUACUUGCGUUACUUAUGAUUGAUUAUUUUGAGAAAGUAUACAUGUUCGGUCGUGAGCGGUACAAAGGUCAUGACAAUUAAAACAAAGUUGUUGUACAUAUUCAGAGAUUUCGAUUUAAAGCUUUCGUGAUUGCAGGGAUUCAUCUUCUUGGUUCUUUCGGUAAAGUCACGUAGAAGGGAAGUAAUAAAAUAAUAAAAAUAAAACAAAAUAAAAUAAUUCUCACGACGGUGAGGACGGCUGCUUGCGUUGUGGCCGAAACGUCGUGAGAAUUAUUUUAUUAUGUUUUAUUUUUAUUAUUUUAUUACUUCCCUUCUACGUGACUUUACCGAAAGAACCAAGAAGAUAUUCAAAGAUCGUUAAUCUGAUUUCUGGCGUGACCUCGCCCAUCAAACGGGUGCUUGUACCUGUUUGAUGGCCGAGUGCGCUGCGCGAUCCUCAAUUAUCCUCUGCAGGGCGAUCCAUUCGUAGACACACCGUGGAUUUCUCAUGACCACGUUUCAACCCAACAGGUGAUCAAAUAACGCAAAGACGAUAGCUCCAUGUCUCACAGAGGAGAGUGUUCAAGUAUGUAGCACGUGAACUAUAUUGAUGUUGGUGAUGAACAUGCAGAGAACAGUAACACAAACGUUGCCUAUUAUAUAUAGAUUUUCUCUCCUUUGAAUGCAGUGUUAUUAACAAGCGUGUUGGGCAUUUUAAAAUGAUUAUCUGUGGUUGCGCACCGUGGCGAAAGCUGUAUCGCUAUCUUAAACUGUAAUUUCCUUUAAAAUAUUUUCCCAUAUAUAUUUACAAGUAGGAUAUCUAUAAAUGGACCACCCUAUAGUUGUUUGAACCCAGUGAAACUUUUCAUUCGGAGAUUGGUUUAGCAUUGAGGUAAUGUCUUAUUCGUAUGGACUAUUAACCGUGUUUAUACGAGGAAGGGACACUAUAUAUUGGUCGCAAUGUUAAACAUGUUUACGGUACUUUAAUUCAAUGAUUAAACGGCAGCGUGUACGAUUUCAAAUGCAGUGUAUUUGGUAUUCAUUGCUGUACGAUUAUAAAGUAUACAGUAUAUCGUGUCUUCUAGACUUUAAGCUUUCGUGACUGCAAGGAUUCAUAUUCUUAGGUUUUUUUCGGUAAAGUCACGUAGGUAAAAAUGUAAUAAAAGUAAAAUAAAAAUAAAAUAAAAAUCACGACGUUUCGGAGGCAACACAAGCUUCCGUCUUCAGGUGGAACCGUCACAGCACGAUUGCUGUAUCAAGGUACAGCAAUCGUGCUGUGAAACGUCGUGAUUUUUAUUUUAUUUUUAUUUUACUUUUAUUAAAAAAAAUUUUACCUACGUGACUUUCCCGAAAAAAACCUAAGACUAUAUAUCGUGUCUGUUUUACGUGGGAGGGUAGAGCGGUGGUGGUGCGGUGGUUAACUCAUUACGCUCCAUGAACCCCGGCCACCGCAGUUGGAUUCCUGGCCACGGCUCACGGGCAUCAGUGGCGAGUGAUUACUAUCUAAACGAGUCCUUCCCAGGCGUCCUCCUUCGCCAACCCGCACUGACCAGCGUGGUGAAGUAUGGUCAAACGACCCCCAAAAGCGUCAUCAACUCGUGGAUUGAGAAUGGCUAUAAUGUAUUUGUCCUGUGUCUCUAUAUUCUGCGUGUGGCGUGCAUCCUUGUUGGGCAAAUCCGUGAAACUUGUAUGAAUGCAGACGACUUAUUUCAGUGUAUACUUUUAGCCCACUUGUUAAUUAAAUGUAGUAAAAAAUAAAUAAACCUUUCACAACGCUGUCAUUUCAUACCUCUUCAUUAACGGCGGAUGCUAUUAUUUUUGGUACUGGGUAACAGCGCAGCGCAAUUGCGUCAUUCAGUAUCGAGCUGUGAGUAUACGUGUUCAACUACAGCCCUGUUCAUCCACUGCUGGAUGAGGAUUCUCCAUACGCCGUGCGGGUCACAGGUCGUAUGGCCAUACUUCACCAUGCUGGUCAGUGCCGGUUGGUGAAGGAAGGCGGGAGAGCAUGGACGUUGGACCACAGUAUGGUACAACGCUGUCCCGACACCAGCACAUGAGUCCGAAUUUAUGCAUGGAGGUUGCCCAUCCAAUCGCUUUCCAGGCCCACACAUGCUUAGCUGUCGAGAUCUGACGAGAUCGAUCGUAUUGCGGCAGAGGCGGUGCAGUGCUAACGCUUGCGCAUCACGACAAGCAGAUCAUGGGUUCGAUUCCUGACUCGGGUGCCUUUUCUGUGUGGAGUUUGCAUGCUAUACCCCGAUUUUAGAUGGAUUUACUCAGGGUUUCGAUUUAAAGCUUUCGUGACUGCAGGGAUUCAUCUUCUUGAUUAUUUCGGUAAAGUCACGUAGAAGGGAAGUAAUACAAUUAUAAAAAUAAAACAUAAAAUAGUUCUCACGACGUUUCGGCCACAACGCAAGCAGCCGUCAUUACUUCCCUUCUACGUGACUUUACCGAAAGAACCAAAAAUAUUACUCUGGGUUCUCGAGUUUUCCCCCCAUAGUUGAAAAAAAAAAGAACGUUCAAUGUAAUUGGUGUUGGUCAAGCAUCCCAUUGCUGCCAUAUUACCAACAAACUACUCAAUUGGGAUUAGACACAGCAACUUCGCUCCUUACUGAAAAACACUUGGCAGGGCCCACCCGAAAUGGUGCCACAAGCCAUGAUGGCCGUUCCACACGCUUUGACAAGCAGGGUUCUGCACAGCUUAUUACGACUGAUACCACGUAGCGCGGCACGCGCGGGAAAACAUUACAGGGAGAUGUUAGAAAAUGUAAGCGAGAGAUGCCAUGGAGAGAUGUAAUAAUAUAAUCCAGCUAAUGGGGAAACCCGUCGAGAUCACACAAAUAAGUGUACAAAAAGCACUCGACGUCUGAGCAUUA